AUGACGUCACCAUCACCGGCGUUGCACAAGAACGCGUGUUCGCUCUGCGCCCGCCGCAAGGUCAAAUGCGACAAAGGGGAACCUUGUGCCAAUUGCCUUAAGGCGCAAGCUCAAUGCUUAUAUGAGGUUCCUGCGCCACCGAGACCUCGGAAGAGGGCGGCCGACGACGAGUUAUUCGCUCGACUGGCACGGUACGAAGAUCUGAUGCGGAAGCACAAUGUCGAUUUCACGCACUACGCCAAUACCUGGGUGUCUUCUGGGCUAGAAAUGAAGCUGAAGGACAACGACUCGCACAGUCCGGUCUCCCACAUUUCUGCACAAGCCGGCCGUCCCAUCUCGAAGAUUUCGGUAAACGUCGAAAAAUGUUUAUGGUCGAAUUUGAGCUCAGAGCUCAAGCAUCCUCCCGUUCAGAGCCUGCGUCACAGAGACGACCCUCUAUUACAUCCUACACCAUCGCUUCAACUUAUCUAUUCUAGCACUCAACCCGCUCUCCACGAUUUACACCCCGAACCCAGGCACAUCUAUCGAUAUUGGCAGAUUUUUGUCGAAACGGUCAACCCCUUUAUCAAGAUCGUCCAUGUGCCAACGCUGCAGCAGCGCAUUUUGGAUGCCAGUUGGGAUCUUGCCAAUGUCCCGAAGCCCCUGACGGCCAUGCUGUUCGCCAUCUACACUCUAGCUGUCACUUCCCUGUCUUCAGAAGAAUGCCAUGCCUCUUUUGGCGAGACCAGAGACACCCUGUUGUCGCGUUACCGAGUGGCGACCGUUCGAGCUCUCAUCGCGGCCGACUUUCUCAUAACGAGGGAGGUCGAGGUUCUGCAAGCAUUUGUCCUGUUUCUUUUCGCGGACCCAGAGUCUGAGCUCACUUCCUCCCUGACCGGCGCUGCUAUCCGACUUGGUGAGAAGAUGGGUCUAUGCCGAGAAACACCGGACCCCAAGAUUUCGUUCUUCGAGAAGGAAAUGCGUGUCCGCCUCUGGUGGCAAUUGUAUGGCCUCCACUCGCGGACUCGUGCUAAUUUCACCCCGGGGAAGACACCGCCACUGUCCGAAUUCGGCCAAGUCCGCCUCCCGCUCAACGUCAACGACGCCGAUUUGCAUCCAAACAUGACCGAGCCACCCAUCGAGCAUAGCGGUCCGACCGAGAUGCUCUGCGUCCUAAUGAAGUUCGAAGUCUUCCACUGGCUUCGAUCUUCUCCCACAGCGGCGAAAGUUUUUGAGAAUAUCAUUCAAGGACCUGUGCGAGGAAAGAUGUCAAUGGAGUUGGAAGACGAGGCUAUCAAUGAGAUUGAAGCUAUCUACCGGGAGAAAUACUUUCGCAAUUCAGACAAACGUAUACCUCUCCAUGGCUUGACACACGCCAUGGCGAACCUGAAUAUUGCUUAUAUGCGCUUCAAAGCUCACCAUCCGUGGGGUCGAGCCGCCGUCAGUGGUGGCGAGGUGUAUAUGACGCAGGAGGAAAGCGAUAUGCUCUUCGACGCGGCCCUCACCUCGUUAGAGAUGGUAAACGAGGGCGUACACAGCAAGUUCUCAUCACAUUUGUUCGCCCAUAUGACUUCCAAGUUCCAGAUGGACACGUUCAUCUACGUCAUCAGCGACCUACGACAGCGGUCCGGCGGAGAACGGGUGACUUUGGCGUGGAAGCUGAUCGAGGAUCUCUGCAACGAGCAUCCUGAGCUGAUCGACGAGGUGGAUAACACUUUCUUUGUCGCUCUUGGUAACUUGAUUCUAGAGGCCUGGGAGACGCGCAGAAAGGAGUUGCUUCGUGCUCCAGGUGUUCGGGAAGCCGACGUCACGCCGAGUUUCAUUCAGUUGCUUUGGGGCAAGAGGCAGACUGAAAAUGUUGAAAACGUUAUGAUGCCUACCAUGCUGGAUCCUCCUGAUCUUGACACUCUCGGAUGGGCGGACGAUUGGGAGUAUUGGAACGAUUUCUUGCGGUUGUAA